CUCGCUGCCGGAGCCCCAGCCCCUGUGAGAGGUGACAGAGACCAGUUUCACUGGGGGAAGCCAUUUCAGGGUCACCGGAGAACGACAUCACACGACACUCCUCCUGCCGCACCUGACCUGCUGGGUCCCCCCUUCCCACCCCGCUCUCGCUGCCGCAGGCGAUCCGUCUCCUCGGCGGGGCAGCGGGUGCCCGUGCCGGCGGGGAAUUGUGUGUGCGGGACACCGAAGCCGCAGCCAGCCCGGGGAGCCGCGGCAUCAGCGAUCCUGCGCUUCGUCUGUUGUAGCGGAGACGCGCGUGGGAGUAGGGUGGCACCUGGCAAGCCGGCUCCGGGCUGAGGGAGAGCAGCUGGUUGGAGCGGAGGCGGGGGGAGGAAAGGAGAAGGUGGGGAAGCAGGCGGAGACAGAAAGGAACCGGCGAGCAUCAGAACUGGGAGGUAGAGAGGUCCUGAGCACCGGCGUCUCGUCCUCCGGCUUGUGGACUGAAGCUCCGCGCUCUGCUACCUGGAGGUGUCGGUGUCAGUGUCGCCGCCCCGGGCACUGCUCCUGCCCCAGCCCCGCGGCGGAGGCGAGCUUUCCUUCGGGGCUUCGCCACGCAACUGUUGGGAAAAGUGGCUGCGUCCCGAGAGCGACUUAGCGCCAGGUAAUUCUCUAAUGGACCAAUGAAAGCCAACGAUGACAAGUUGUGGUCAGCAGUCCUUGAACGUGCUGAUGGUUCUGCUUUCAUUACUCUUGUCAGCAGUGUUGUCCGCACAUUUUCGGGUCUGUGAACCAUAUACGGACUACAAAGGUCGCUACCACUUUGGUUUUCACUGUCCUCGUCUUUCUGACAAUAAAUCUUACAUCUUUUGCUGUCACCAUAACAACACAGUAUUUAAAUACUGCUGCAAUGAGACAGAAUUUCAGACUGUUAUGCAGAUGAACUUAACAGGGAAUGCAGAUGGAUAUAUGCAUAACAACUACAGUGCACUGUUAGGAGUGUGGAUCUAUGGCUUUUUUGUGGUAAUCUUGCUGGUACUGGACCUUUUAUAUUACUCUUCAAUGAACUAUGAUAUUUGCAAAUUUUACCUGGCACGGUGGGGAAUCCAGGGAAAGUGGAUGACACAGGGACAGAGCCGAUGGAUUAACCCUGAUCAGGAUCCAAGCCAAGUACAGACACAGCCUCAAACUCAGCCACAGCCUCAAACAUCACAGACAGUACAUACUUUAAAAGGAGAUGCUUUAAGGCCACCCCUGAUGUCUUUUCAGAGUACAUCUGCCUGCAUUAAGCGGAGAAUGUAUGUUAGGAUCAGUUUAAAUGCUGUGAAUUGGCAGUGAAACCAGUGACUGAAACAGAUAUAUCAGAGAGAAAAAUCAAGCAAGUCGUAGCAUAAGAACCAUCCCAAAGAUGUUUAAACAUUUUGUCAUAGCAGAUCACUUUAUUAUUUACUUGAGACAAAGAAGACCAUGUAUAGCCAUAGUUUUGUUAUAACUAAAGAAGCCUGGAAUACAUUAUACAUGCUGCUGGCUGCUCUGCAGAGGGCUUGCAGUAUUGUUCAAGAAAAGGAAGGAAAAUUGUUAAUCUCAGAAACAUAGAGCCCAAUUCAGAAUUGUGUUGCUUCAUCAUGUGGUGCAUGGUAUUUGUGGCCCAACUAAUAUUGAUUUCUUCUUUAGUAUGGAAACCAUCUGAGGGCUGUCCAAAGACCUGUGUGAUCUUGAGGUCCUGGUGGAUAUACCUUCUACCAUCCAAAUACCAUCACAGACUGCAAAUGAAUAAGCUUAAACUGUUGUGGCUUGCCUCAUGGUGGUUCCUCCAGGUCAUCACUUAGGUGCAUGAGCUGGUCUCUUCCACGCUCACUGGUCCAUGUAAGAGUCUGCAGUCUGGUUAGCCUGAGCAGGCUUUUAACAGCUAGAGAUCAAGCAGCAACAAGCAGCAGGCAAAUUGUUACUACUGCUCAACAAAGUACAAGCCAGGGAGGUAAUAAAAUGAGAUAUUGUAAGUUGAGGAGUCAAAAUCCUGGCUACUGAAAAAACUUGUUCUCACAACCACAGCAAUUAAUAAUGACUUUAAAAAAAGGACAGAUAACAUAAGUGUGGGCCAGGGCAGCCUCGCGGAGUUUCUCCAAUUCUCCACGUUCAUGCUGUGAGAAGGGAACAGAUGAAUGUGAUCUCUCUGCCUUGCUCUCGUGAUGUUAAACUCCUCUCCACCUCCAUCAAGGAUGCAAAUCAAGAGGAAUGCUGUAUUGAAAUCUAACUUUGGCCUUGCUAUUCCCUGCCUUUCUGCACAAGAGCACACAGAAGCAAUGUCUCCUCUGUAUGUGACCAUGUAUGUUAUACUUCAUGACUCACAUUUUCAGAAAAUUACUGGUUGUCCAGAAUCAGGAAAAAUAUCCACACAACAGGGUAAGCCUGUGCUUAUUUCAUUUAUGUAGUUGGAAUGGGUUAGGCAAAGGCAGGUCUUAUUAGAUGUUGCAAUCUACUAUUGCUGUGAAUUCUUCAGAGUCACAUUGUCUUUCAGACAACAAAUAGAUUAGUUUUUAGCCCACUGCUAUUUAUCUGCUACUUGACACCUCCUUAAAUUACUACCAAAGCAUUUAUAAACAAAGAGAGAAAAAAAGCCUGUAAAAAUAUUGGCAGUGUUUAGAAGCCAGCAGGUAACUGAGCAUGUCCACAGCAACUGUGAGAAAAAUGCAAGGAAUGAAUGGCUUUGCUGGUGGCUAAGAAGGCUGGGUGAAAUAACUCCCUUUGAUGCCAAACUUUGAAGCAGGAUACAGACUAUGACUGGAGUGAAAUAUACACAUUCAGUAGGUCCUCUGGUUCUGUAAUUUGUAUGAGCUGCAGAUGCAGUUUUGCCUGUGUUACCUAGCUUAGGACAUUGGCACUGAAGUGGGUUAGCUGUGCAGUAUGACCAUGGCCAUAUUCCACCAAAAACAUUAGGCACUGGGGUGUCAGGUGGGUUUUGUGCAGAGGUUGCUCUUAAUACAAGACAUUUACAGUAACAAAGAGAACAAAAUUUGCGUCAUUCCAUUUUAAGUAAAAUGUUUUGAAAAUAAGAUCUUAAAUUUGUAUUUGCAAUAUCACUACAUUACACAGGAUUACGAUGAUAAUAUUUUAAAAAUGCGAAAUUUUGCAUCACAGGACAAAGCAUAGUUUUAAUUUACAUCCUCUAGGUAGGCUUUUAUGUUAUACUCAGAUUAAAUAUGGCAAACCAGAGCAGCUUUUUUUUUUUUUUUUAAAAAAUGAUGGAAAGUAAUAAAAUUGAAUACUUAUAUACUGCUUUUAUGAAAGAACUCUCUGGGAAUUAUCUGGAGAAUCUGUCUGGUAACAGAUAUUAGGUGUGUUGGGCAACAUCUACCAUUAUAUGUGUGCUUCCAUUCCCUUAAAAAUAUAUUGGGUUAGAAUAACAGAUACUGCUGAAUAUAUUUUCUUCUAAAUAUUCUUGUAUGUUUACUAGGAAUGGCCUAACUGUAAAAACAGAAAAUACUUAAAACAAAAGCAAAGGUAAGGAAAUCACAUUUUGCUCCUAAAAGAGCCAUAUGCAGAAAUUGGUUUUGCAUUGUGUAUCCCUUCUGCUGCCUGGCCUUCAACUUGUCAGGAACAACAGCGCAAACAGGCAGUGGGCUUGCAGUCAAAUACCUCAAAAUCUGCAGCACUUAGUCUUGUUUGCUUUUCUCAGUACGAUAAUAAUGCAAAUAAAUGGGAAGAUUUAAUUUUUAAUUUCAUCAUUUGCAUUUAAAUAAUUCAAGAUAUGUAAUUUACUGGAUGCUUUCUUGUAUUUAGAAAUUAACUGUUAGCAUGUGAAGUUAAACCAGUACACAAGGUUUCUGUCCAUGUCAAUCUGAAUAUCUUGAUUAUAUAGUGUCUUGAAUAUAAUGAAUCCUUGUGUAUACUGAUAGACACCAUGUCUUUUUUUAUAUAUAUGUAAUACAUAUUGUUAAUUUCGUGUCUUAUUCUCGUUUUCCUUUUGCUCUGAAGAUUAUAGAGCCCAUAUUGCAACAUUUAUUUCUCUACACUCAUGUUAACUGCAGAUUCAUUGGAUAUGGGCUGAUUGAUAUUCUCUGUUCUAGCUGUUUCUCAGCCUUUCCAUUAAACCGGGAGUGUCACACCCAUCAGCUCAUGAAGGUCUUUCUUUUAAAUGGACUGUACAGUUGAAGUGAUUUAAAUUAACUUAAAUGUGGUUAUGGAUUGUCAGAAAAUAGCAAUUAGAAGAAAACUGAGUAAUUAAAAGAUUAUCUGAAGACUGUUGCUAAAUGAACUCUGCACACAGAGAAGUGAAAGCUAGUAAAAAUACUGUAAACCAUUUCUGAACAUAGUCCAUAUUUAAAUUUUCCUGUAUAUUUGAGUAAUUUUUUUGCUCAAAGAUCCUUACCUCAUUUACGUUAUAACAAAUCCAAAAUGAUGCUGCUGAAGUAGCAGACAGCAGUGUAAAAUUCAUGUGAAAUGAAAGACUGCAAUUAAGCCCACAAUUGCAUUGCAUAAUGUCACAAAACUAUAGUGUCACACAUGGGUAUGUGUGACAUCCCAAGUUUUGUCAAUGGAUUCCCUCAUCUCUGUUAGAAUUGAAACUGUAGUUUUAAACGUGUCUGUCCUUAUUUUAGUAGUUACAAAAGUCCUUCCCCUUACAUCCUCUUCUGUGCCAUCUUUUCAAUAGUAAUUAUAAUAGCACAUACACAUUUUACAGUUUAUGUAUGCACUGAAAAAUAAAACAAUAAGGUUAUUCCAAAGUCCUUCACUUAAGUUUCUCUCUGAUAGUUUAGAAUCUUAUAACAGCUCCAGCCACUUUCCGAGUACAGCUGAAUGUGACAGCUGAGCUUCAUACCUAUGUACAUUCAUGCAGUCCAGAUGUUUCUCUCAAUAGUACAUCAAAGCUGGCUAGGCUGGCUGAUUUCACUUUCAUGUCUGCAUCUAAAAAGCUAAGUCCGGCACUCUCAGUCACUCCUGCUUUAGAUCUGUCAAAUGUAACUGAAAAUCAGCCUAUUGUCUCUGAUAUGCUUUUAAGAGUAGCUGGAUCUACAGUAGCAGAGGAGAAGGUUUAAAGCAGUGAGUAGCUCCCAUAUCUUGCAUUGAGUUAUGCAGUCUCAGCUGUGUUAAGCUUUAAUUAACAGGGACCAAAACUUUUAUUACAUUGAUAAAAUUUGACUAAUUGCUUUUAGUUUUCUAGACACCAAAUAAGGCAGAUGAACAAGCAAGUGACAGGGAGAAUCAAUCAACUGCAUUGCCCAAAGAUACUGCAAGUGGUUGAAGAAAUAAAAGGGGAGAUGUCAAGGAGCUGGAGUUAAUGAUCUAAACAGGCAAGCCUUCCUAUACUUAGUAAAAUUGCAACAGGAUUUCUUAGUAGGAAAUUUAUCAUAAAUUAGAAUUCUGAACUAAAAGAAAACACUUUUCAAAAAACAAAUGGGGGAAAAAAGGAAGAAAAUUAUGGGUAGAAUACUGUCUGUCUUAAGUAGGCUGUGCCCCAGAGAAUUACUAAAACUGCCUGCAAAACAACUAUCUAUGUACACUCAGUGCUUUUAACAGAAGUGAGAAUGAAGAAGCAGCAAAACAAAUAAGAGUCUUUGAAGUAAAAUCCCCUUGCAUUCAAUGUUUUGGAAAAUCAACGCCAACAUAUAUUUUGGAUAUCAAGAAACAGAUAAAUCACUAACUUUAGCAGUAACAAGCAGGUACUAUUACUGAAGAUUAUGCACAGAACAAUUUAAUAUUCUCAGAGUUAUUAUUAAACAAAAAGCCAUAUGUAAUAAAUAAUCCUUAUGCAGAGAUGCAGCAAAUCUUUGAGAGCAUGCUAAAUUUUAAUGUGAAAUGAUGGUAUACUAUGGAAUACCAGACAGUAACAAAAUCAGUAAAAGCUUAUGCGAUAAUGCUGAAUGCAUGACCAUAAAUGGUAACAAGGUCAGACAAUUAUUUGCAGUGAGAGCUGAGAUCAAGGAUCUACCACAGCAUUACUUUUAUUGUCACUAUACCCUGAUUAGAUCAUGACAAAGACAGCCACAGCAAGCAAUUAGAGAUUUCAUCAGAGAAGUGAUAAAACGUGUUUGUAUGACCUUGGUUUUAUAAUGAUGUUUCAUUGCACAGUUCAGGAAAAGAUCAACAAUUAGACACGGUCAGUUUGUUCAUUAGGUAGAUAACAGAUAUAUGACUGUUUACAUUUGAAAAGCAAAACAGAUCAAAAAGCAUUGAAAACUGGGAAAAAUAAAAGUCAUUAUACUGUUCAUUAAGUCAUGAGAGACUGCUGAUGUCAAUCAGCAAACAGUUUUCAAGACCUUAAAAGGUGUUUGAGAAGUUACGUGAUCAACACUAUCAUACCCCUGUAUAGACACAGAUACCUACAACAAAAAUUGUGAAAAAAAUCUAUUUGAUGCAGAAAAAACAUGCUGCUCAAAAGACACCAAUAUAAAAUAUUUCUUGGAAAUUGGAGAUGCUAAAGAGGUAAAACCAGUUAAAGACAUUAAAUGACAGAAAUAUGACAAAUCUCACUAGAACACAAUUGGAAAUGCUGCUAAUGUUAGUCCCAUGCCAGGUGAUAACAAACAGAACAAAUGAGAUGCAUUACUUUAAGCAUCAGAGAAAACAGUUUAAUCAGCACAACACUACAUAGCCUCCCCAGAGCAGCGUAUAAGAUAUAAAUGGUGGAAACUGGGCACUCAUCAUAAAAUGAAGGAUGAUAAAAGCAACUGUAAAAAAUAGAUAUUUGAAAAAAUAAAUAAACUACCUCACUUUACUUCUCAAUAAGAUAAUUUGUUUCCUGGUGUUUGUAUGUAUUGACAGCCUUUACUUAGACUCCAAAGAAUUUAAAAGGUGGAACAAUUGUGAAGACAUAACCAUUUACAGUGAGUGUUAAAUAAGUGGAACGAUGUUUGCACAGCACUUCAUGUGAUCACCUGGCAGAAAAACAACUUAUGGGCUCAAAUCUAAAAAGGGACAAGGUCCAUCUACAACUUUUCUUCUGAAGGACUGAUGCUCUAGUACAUGGUUGAAUAUUUAUGUGCAAAGGAGCCUUUGUAGUUAAGGGAGUUGUAUAUAUGAAGUAGCUAAUUGUAUCUCUGAGCUGAAUUCUGUAUUAGAGUAAUUCCUUGUAGUUGUUCAAAUGAUGCUGCUCUGAGAGCUGACACACACUACACAGCUUGCCUUCCUUCCAUUGAAAAUCAUUACUAUUAUGUAGUAGCCUGUGGAAAAGUAAUUGCAGUGAGCUACAUCAAAAAUUACAGUAAACUAAUUAAACAGUCAUUAACUAUAUUCUGUGUUGACUAGUGAUACAGAUUUUAAUCAGUCAUGCAGAGAGGGAGGCAAACUUGUUUUCCACUGUAUUCCAAACUUCUCCCCUGUGAAAAGUGAUGAAUCAUAAAGAGCUGCCAAUCCCGGCACCUUCCAUCGUUCUUAUGCUGACAGCUCAUCUCCAGCACAGUAUCACCUAAAAAGUUCUAAAGAAAUUGUGAUUGGAAAGCAGCCAGAGUUCACUCUCUUCAAUCACCACUCUCUUCAAAACCUCCCAGACUUCUGUUAUGCUGCUGAAAAUAAAACUGAAUCUAGAAAAAUGCCUUCUUAAUUUAUAUUUUAAGACAUUUUAAAGCAAAUUUGAUAGGGGUUUGGGGGCCCAAUUAAAAAGAGUCCUGUUGUUUGCCUGAACAAAUAAAAAAAGAGAAAAAUGUGGAUGCAUUUUUGUGGAUAUCUUAAAAAUACAACCUAAUCAUGAUGCUAUUGACAAGAAAUAAAUUUGGUUUGGCAUUUUGCAAACUCUUACUCAUAUUUAUUCUUCUCCCUGGAAAUAUGUAAAGCAAAAGUAAAAAUAUUUGAAGCCAUCCAACAACCAUGCCAAGUACUUGGCUCGAGUAAGACCACGUGAUGAUGACAGCUAUAAGGGGCAGGUUUUGGAGGAGUUAGAGACAAGUGAGAUAACAGAAAUUAAACAUUAGGAUAAUGACAAGAGUAAUCCACAUCUUCCCGUUGUAAGUCCCAAUCUUCCUGUGUUUGUUAUUCUAACAAAUGUUACCUGUGUGGGCAAUCUAUCUUCUUUUUUUCGUUCAUUCCAUUUAGAUUACUGUGAACCUGGUCUAGUAUGUUUAGAAAACAAAGUUAGUGAAAAUUAGCUAGGAGACUGGCUAACAUUUUCCCAUCUUUCUUAAAGUCAGUUCUCAUGACUACUGGCUAUACUGGAGUUAACGUUGCUUUUAUAUACUAUAGAAGUAAAUGAGUACUUAAUAGUCUGUAGUGUAUUUAUCCACACAGUGCAUAUGUGAGAUAGUCAAGUUCUUUUAUUUCCACUUGACACAUGAGACUGAAAGGUUUAUCUAGGGUCCCACUGGAAGUAUUUGAACAUACAUCCAUUAUUGUAGUUUGUGUAAAUUUUCUAAUAUUGCAGGAGCAAGAAAUUGACGGCCCACCCCCAGUCUCAUAUUGCAGUUUCCAGAGGAUCAUACCUCCUUCCUAUCUAGGAGUCAGGGACUGUGGAAGCAUCUAGAGGACUGUAGCUUUGGGGUUCAACAGUCCCAGGUUCAGCUUGCUCUGCGCACAAUCAAAUGUGAACACUGAUUCUUCUAGUUGGGUUUUGCACCUGACCUGGCAUACUACGUGGAGACCACAUGGAAGCCUAUGAGUGCAGCAUGUAGUCUAGUGCUUUGCAAGGUUCUAGUAGGCUGUCUAAAAGACGAUGAAGGGCUCAUUAAAGGAUUUGCAAACUUUUGGCACUGCAUCUAGUUUCUUCAUAUGCCUCUCCUGUAUUCUGUAAAAAUUUGAAAAUGCCUUAUGAAGAUCAGAUAUGCAACUGUUUGUAAUCUAGCUCUCAAAAAAUGAUUAUACUUUGCUCUGCUUUAGUAUUUGAAACUUAGCACACCUACCUGGGCAACAAAGUUACUGUCUCACAACACUGAGAUUUUGUUUUAUGUUGCCUAGCGACAUAAGUUUUAGGUAAUGGCACAAAUCUCUACUGUACUAUUCAAGGCAUCACUGGUAUAGAGCAUCCUGGAACCAUUUGAAAUAUCCAGUAAAACAUUCAUUAACUACCUACCAUCCAUUUCCUAUACAGUAUGAUGGCUAAGCAAACUGAUGAAAUUCCUGAGUGUGUGAAGAGAAGAUGCCAAUUGAAGCAGGGAGCUGUUAUCUCACUUAGCAGUGGUGAGACUGCUAGAGAGAAACAUGCCUUCACUAGGGCCUGCAGCAGAAAAGAAUUGUAAUGGCAGAUUGGAAAGCAUUCAGAAAAGAGCUGCAGAGCUUGUUUGACUUUUGGGAAAUCUGUCAAACUGAGAAGGCUGAUAGAAUAAUAAAAGGUAAUUUGAUACAAGUCUGCAAAUUCUUCGUGGCAAGGAAAGUUUGGAUAAUAGAGUACUGUAGCAAACCAAGACAGAAAAAUCUAAUAUGUGGAAGAUUAAUUUUCAUAAAUCUUGACUGGCAAUAAAGAGCAGGAUUAACCUUAGUCAUUAUAACAGUCUAAAAGUUGAGCACCUACUAGAUGUUUACGCACUCUCACUAACAUAUUAGAAGAGGCAUUUCCAUAAGACUAUUCAUUCCACCCUUCUUAGGAAGGCUUGCAUCAUUUGGAUACUUUCCUGUAUUGAUUUCUUGUCAUUAUGCUGGAAGAUGAGCUUAUCCAAGUUACUAACAUUUAACCAGCUGACGUGUGACCCUGGGAUUCAUCUCACCGAAGAGUACAUUUCUUUUCAAAGCUGGCAAUUCACCAAGGAAAUGUCUUCAGAUGCAGUAGGAUAUUCAUGACUUGUGGUUUUAAAACUGGCAAAGGGGCUUGUGUUUUAUAAUCAAGAGUCACUGGAUGGGAAGUUAGAUCUGCACAGGAGGCUAAACUGAGGACCCUAAUGAGAAUGACUCCGUAAAAUCUGAUUUAGCUGGGAAAUAUGUGAGGCUUCAUUCCCAGAAGACUCACAGCCAACAUCAGUUUUCAUAGAAUUUUCUCUACUCCUGCUGGCCACACUCUUUCUGAUACAAACCAGGAUGCUAUUGGCCUUCUUGGCCACCUGGGCCCACUGCUGCCUCAUAUUCAGCUGGCUGUCGACCAGUAUCCCUAGGUACUUUUCCACCAGAAAGCUUUCCAGCCACUUUUGUUGGUUGUUAUGACCCAAACAUGGCAUUUUCCUAGCAUGUGUUCUCUUCAGAGCAGCCAGAAAACACAAGCCAACAACUGCACAUCAAAAAUCACAGAAUGCGUUUUCCAGUUGCUUUAUCUUGUACCAUUAGAGAACACAGAGGCCAAACACGUGGCCUUCUUCCUCUCCACCUCUUCCAAUAAAUGCCUGAUUAUGCAGCUGCUGCAUAAUAGCUGCUGAUGCCACUGAGACUGCACAGUGAUUGCAUAAGCACAAUAAAGAAUGGAAAUCUCUGGGCAAAGUCUCAUCUCGGCACCACCUGCCAAAUCUUCAUUGCUCACAUUCUGCCAGCACCGAAGACCAGCGGUGAUAGGAAAGCUGAAGAGCUGAAGAUUAUUUUUAUGUGUAGGUAACUGGCUUCCAGUUUUAUACUUGGAAAUGCUGCAAGAUUGUAGUAGACAUAAGAACAUGGACAUAGCACAGCAAGAUUCUCUGUUACAGUGUAUGCAUGUGAUAGCUGUUGUUGAAUUAUUCAUUCUGAAUUAUUAUAUUCUUUCCACCUCUCAUCUAAUAUUAAGGUACACACCUGAAAAUUACAAUCAUCAGAGGACAACCACAAGAAGCCUAAAUGUCUGUCAUGAAAAAAUGAGCAUACAGUAUAUCCACAAUACAAAAUGUACACACACAAACAAAUAAGUAAAUCAUGAAGAAUAAUGCAGAACAAACAAUUAACCACCAGCUGGCAGUCAUAAUUGUUCAAAAAUUUCCAUGCUUCAUAAAUAAUCAUUCAAACCAAGCCAUACUAAGUGGAAUAUAUCAGCUGAAUGACGCCAAGCAAGCUUUGUUUUUCUUUUCUCUCUGACUCAAGAAAUGCUACUCAGCAGGGGUCAUACACCGUCACUGAUCCAUGCACAAAGAUCCUACUGCAGCCAGAGGGCAUUUUACACCCCAGCAGACCAGUAUCUAGAUGCAGCUGUGAGACAAUUAAAAAUAAUAACCCACAGGUCCAUACUGGCAUCAAAGCAUAUUUCUUAGUAAAGCUGGCAAUACAGCUCAGAUACAGCUCAGAACGAGAAAUUGUUUUCUUACUUAUUUCUUUCUGCUAAAAUUGUUCAAGGUCCUUAGCCUCUUCUCUUUCACCAUCUCAACACAUCUAGACUUCUCCUAUGGCUUUUUACAUGGGGAAGGCAGGGAGGAAAGAGAGAAGAGACAUUUCUGCAAAAGAUAUUCUUUCUAGUAUGUCUUCAGCACAUAGUACAGUUUCCAGUAAUGGUGUUGCAGAUGUUACUCUUCUGCUUCUGGCGGAUUUAGUAGUGGACAGGUACAGUUUGAUUCGAUGAUCUCAAAGGUGUUUUCAAACCUAGUGAUUCUACGAUUCUAACUACAAAUAAAGUUUAAAAUUAUUUAUUGCUUGGAUUGGUUUAUUGGUUAUGUGCAAAGAAACAUAUAUUGGAUCUACAACAGGAGGCCAAAUAGUAACCAGAUUAAAUUGUAACAGCUUUACUCCUAUUUUUUUUUAUUGUUGCCAUGGUACUUCUGCUAAUGGUAAAAAGCUGUUCUAUGCUCUUUUUUGAAGUAUCUUCAGAUAUCUAUUUUAAAAGAAAUAGUUUUAGAUUUCAUACUGCUAGAAAAGCCACAAAAUUAAAUUGAGGGAAAAAAAAACAUACACAGGAAGAACAGUUACAGAAAGCACAAUAACCGAUUUGUCCUACACUGAAAUCUAGCUCUCAACACAGUAAUUACUACAUAUAUUUUGUUCAGCUCUGACUUGGAAGACUAGCCCUUCUCAAUACUGAAAAGCGAAAAUAGAAAAUAAGGCUCUUUGGUAAAUGAAAUAAAAACUUCAAGAAAAACAAUUUUUUUUCUGUAUGCCUUUAAGAUGCAUUUCCAGAAAUGAAAGAAUUUCCUGUAUUAUGCAGAGGUAAAUGAAAAAUCUGAUUUAACUGGGAGUAAAUAUACAACUCUGAGCUAGACCACAGGUUUGGGGAUCAAAAUUGAAGUGCUGAAUGGACCGUUCUGCAAUUACAGCAAGUUCAGCUUCUGGCAAGGCUAAUGGAAGCAGCAUUGUUUCGUCUCUGCUCAGGGAAGCAGUAGUUAUUAUAGAAGGAUUUCAUGUACAGGAGAGAAAAAUGGCCAAAGGGAAGGGGAGUAAUGCAGUAAGGCAAAAGAAAUGCAGAGGCUAUAUGGGGACUGAGGAGCAGUUCCAGCAUCCACAGGGACUCACUGUUUACCAUGCUGCUGGGUGGCUAUUGGAUACAGGCACAGGAACUGGCCAUCUUCCUCUUAAGACCACUGUUCUGCCUCCUCUGCCCCAGAAGCACCUACCUUGCUACCAUGGGAAUUACGAGCCUGGAAUAUUUCGUAGUGAUAACAGGAAUUAUGGAUGAUCCAGCUGGGAUUUGGUUCAAGCAGUAUAUUAAUCUAUUCUGUUUUGGAAACCAACUUUGCCACCUUCUUUCAAGUGGAAUCUAGAAAAUUCUUCUGCUUCUGACACAAAUCCACUGAAAUCUCAGUGGCUUCCAGUUUUACUGACUUCCAUGGGCCUAGAAAGAAGUCAGCACCUUGAAGUUGUGCAGAUAGUACCAAAACACUCAAAUCUUGUGUUUGGCUAACCCCUUUCCUCCCUUUCAGCAUGUUUCAACAUCUCGAUUUCCAUGAAUGUGUUUGUUUUUAUCCUCUGUUGGACUUCGGGGCAUGCUAAGUGGAUAGAAUUUUGCUGAUGCCAAGGUAGCAAAGAGCACUAGGGCAAAAGAUAAUAAAGGGAGCAGGAUAUUCACCUGAUGCAGGUUAGCCUGCUUUUAUUUAGUUCAGUAGUUCAUUCUUGAAUUUUACAGGGACACUAAGAGACAGUUAUAUAUAAAAUGUGAGAGUUUAUAUACAGAAACAGAUAAAUAGAUGAAUAGUGGGCCAGAUAAAUAGUAGAUACAUACAUACACAUAAGUAUGUAUAUACAUUAACGCCUGCAUGUGCACUCAUAUCACUAUACAGAUACUCGCACACUUCCUUACAUAGAGCCAUGUUUCUCCUUCACUUCCUAACCCUCUGUACAGCUCAAUUAACUUCAGGGUACAAAACACAUUCAUCGUCCUGUAUAAUAAAACUACAUUUAACCUCAGCUCUACGUUGCAAUGACCUGUUACAACACUUAGAAUUGACCGUCCGCAUGAGUAAAGAUCCUAUAUAUUGAGUAUGGCUUGCAUAAACACUUUUAAAUAAUGUCCUUCAUUUAUAAAUAAAUUAUUGGUCACUGUAUUACAAAUUAAUUUAAAAAAAAUUAAAAGAUACUAGAAAUAAUAAAAGAAUACAUUGUAUAACUGCCUUCCUUUCUGAAUCAGGCACUACUGUUAUAUCAAAGCUUUGAUGGUUUUGUUUUGUUUAAAUAUCCCUAGUAAAGUUUUUGGGUACAUUAGGAGAUUACACAAGCAAGAAAUGGUAGUGUCCUAUCAAGCAUUGUACGUACAUCACAUAUACAUCCUGUGGCAAGUUUUACUGCUUGCUUUUUAAGCCUGGCUUUCAAUUUAUAGUGGAUCUGUCAAAUCCAACUUGUCAGCCAACAUGAGAGGAGACCUUUGUCUCUUACCACGUACGUGAAUUUUACAUAGAAGGGCAUGCUCUUGUAAAGCCUCUUGUACUUUUCAUUGUGCACUCUUGGAUCUUAGAUGUAUGGGUAGACACUGCUGCAUAAGUGCUCAGCAAAUAUGAGAAUACUCAGCUAUCUUAGGUAUGUCAAAGUCCCUUUGUGGGAACAGAUUUUGAAAGCCUGUAACAUCAUGUUUUGGAAAAUUAGGAUGAGCUGAAAUCAGAGACAUUCGUAUAAUUCAGUCCUUACUGCUGAUGUAGAAAUAUUCAGAAGUUCACAGAUGUUUUUAUAACCUUUUACAGCAUUACCAAGAUAUUUCCCUGUGCAAAAAAAAUUUGAGUAUCAAGCUCUGCUCCAGAGAAUGCCCAUCUAUUUACCUCAUCACAGGAGUAUGCAGCAUCUCUUGGGGUGCUACAGUCACAAGCCUCAGAAAUAUAUUUUUCUUGCCACUCAGCCACUGGAAC